GUGUUCUCAGAGCGCCGUGGACCCUUACUUAUUUUAUCUCGUCACAUAUUUACUGCAUCAAAAGGCAAAGAGUAACCAUGCAUCUUUUCGUCCUUAUUGUCGCUUUCGGCACCACUUUCACCCCUGGCUACGGUUAUCCCAAAACGGCUAAAGGCCUUAAUUUUAUCGGUGUUGGGUAUGACAUCCUGAGAGGAAAUCCAGACGGUGAUCUGUCAAAAGGUGGAAUUGACCCAGAACUGAAAAUUACCAGAAAAAUACUGAAGUUGACGUGGAACGACAGAAAACUUUCGGUUAAUAAGAAGUACAAGGUGCCAGAUCAGGUUGUUUUUGCUGAUCGCGACUCCAGUGCAAAAGAAACCGUGCAAGAAGUUUUUUCUGGAACUAAAUCCUACCAAGACAAACUCAAGACUGUGGUAAAAGUCGACGGUGAGUAGAAGAGAUUAAGAGAGGUUGCAUUAUUGCUCAAGGUUAUGUCCAGUUUUCAAGGAAGAUCGACUUUCAAGAGGAGCGUUAUGUGCAUAUAUAUAAAUCUUGAUAAUAGUCUAUCGUUGCGGUAUAGUGCUAGAUGCGUUCGUAGAGCGUGGUAUAUCUGAAGGUUGGACAAAUCAAUAAGACAUAACUUUUCUGUGACUGAGUUUCACGCUUGCGCGAACAUCAGACAGAUUUUGCGAUUCCACACUCAACUAUUCCUAAUCCAAGAGUCCCUGUUCCAAUAGAGAGGGACAAUAAUUCAAACUAAGACUAUAGCCUGGUUACUAAGUCAGUUCACAGCACGGAAAAUUUUAUUCACCUGUGAGUAAUUCCGUUGAAACAUUUUAUAUAUCUUUGUAUAUUCUCUCGGUAGGUGGCGUGAACUAUAUAUUAUGGAAUCUUGCAUUCAGCCUCAGUACAAGUAAGAACAAAAAUUAUUGAUUCGUUUUGCUUACAGCUAACCUGGUUAUCACCCUUUCUCUUCUUUCAUGAGCGAGGUUUCGUGGAAAUCUUAAGGCAAAAAUGAAAAAUGUAAAUGAAAAAAAGUCCAAAAAAAUUUACAGGUUACAUAUUUCAAAAGGGAAAUCACACCUGAUACCGGUUCAUAAAAUCACUAAUUGCACGCUAUCCUUUCUGCAAAAUUCUCAAGUCACAUUUCAAUUUUGGCCUCAUAACCAUUACAAUUUCCACAAAUAUGAUUGAUGCAAUAGCUACUUAAUUUUUUACAAAUUAUUCUGUAGAGUUGUAAUCGAACAGUGUAAUCGGACAGUGGAAUAUAACUGGACUGUUAAAGCAGUCAAUCAUAUGAAGUCCACUCAAUCAAAUCCAGAACUGAUCAAAGUAACCAUAAUAACAUUCAACCACUUCCCAACAAAAUUGGGGAAUUUCCAAAAAUGGAGGAAUUUUUACCUUAAAAGACAAAGUCUCUAUCGGAGAUGUUUUUUUCAAGGUCAGUUUUGACUCCUUUCCAUGGCUUUCUGUGGAAACUUUUAACGAUUAUGAUUUAAUGGUUACAGCUGGGCUUUGUGUCUUCCAAUUCUGUGUGUAAUCAUACUCUUAAUUAACAAAUCAGACUCCCACUGUACAGUUAUCCAACUUUAUUAUCACACAUAUAAUUAUAGACAGAAUUGGACUCCACUCAGUCCUAUUAUCAUUAAACUAAUCACACAUCAUGUGAAAACCAGGGUGGAAAGGAGCCAUCAUAAACACCAUGACAAGAAUUAAGAAUUCUUGUUAGGAGGAGUUCCUCUCGUAUGGCACGCUUACCAACAAAUAAACAGAGUGGCUGACUGACCAACUGCCUGAUUGGAUGACAGAUUGACUGAUAGCGUGACUGACUAACUGACUGACAACUGUCUAGCUAACUUAUUGAAUGGUUGGCUGGUUAAGUGGUUGGCUGAAUGAUAGCUAGCUAGUUGGCUAGAAGGCUGGAUAGUUGACUGAUUGAUUGCUGGCUGGCUUGGUGGUUGGCUGAAUGAUGACUGACUGGAUGGCUGGAAGGCAGGAUAGAUGGAUGACUGCUAUGUUGAUUGUUGAGAAUUCUAUGAUGGACUGAUUCAUUCAUUCAUUCAUUCAUUCAUUUUUUUCUUCUUUUGCCCUUAAUUAUUGCAGUGUAUCAGAGGGUUUCUUACCAGACAUUUCGUGCAAAAAACAUAUUUUACCAAGAGAAAGCUGUACAUAAUCUUGGAAAAGCACGAUACCAACUGAAUCUUGUUAAAUGGAAACAUUUCACCAUCACCAAUGAAUUUGCUGCUUCUGUCUGUAACUUACCACAAUCAUACAACCAGAUGGCUUAUCACCGAUUCAUAAAGAAUUGGGGAACGGUGGGUUUCUAAAUUAAUUUAAUUGUUACCUCAUUAACUUUUAAUUUGAAUGGGUUUAGCCUGGUUUUUUUGGCUAUGUUUCAACCCAGUGUGUCAAUGAACUAUAUGUGUUAACUUGCAUAAUUUUUGAGUUAUCUAUGUAUAGUGUAUCCUGAAAUUGCAAAAUAUAUGAGUUGUCCUUUCUUUUUUGAACUUCUUGACAAUGUAUAAUUACAUUGAUUUAAGUUGUAUAGAGGUCUCUAACUAGCCUCAGAGUUUUUUGCCACAUCUUUGCAUUUGACUAGAGUUGAUGUUUAUACUACAGUGAUCUGAUUUUUUACUUAAUUUCAUAUUUUUUUGUCUUUUUGUUUUACAUAUUAUAACUAUCCUUUUUUUUUCUGCUAAUAACGGGGCUAAGUUUCUAAAGAAACUGUGGUGCUGUGUCGGUGGGAGAGUAUCAUCAGCUUUGAAACUUUUUACAAAGGCUAAUUUACAUUAUCAACUCAGUUGAUAAUACCAAAUUACGUUAAUUUUUUUUAAGCCCCACUCCCCCUUCCUUCCUAAUAGGGGAUUUGUAGGAAUCUUUGGUUUUGUUAGUAAAUAGUCUUACCAUUUCACUAUACACAUCCAACCAGGAAACUGAUUGGUUUUAAUAAAGUGAAUAUUCCAAGGUGCAUGUAUGUUUCUGAAAUUUUGGUUAAAUUAUACUCAUGAUAAACUCAUCUUGAUAAAUUUCCAAACAAAAUAAUGUGAAUCAAAAGUUAUAUAUAAUUUUUUUGGAUACCAAGAGGAAAUUUUCCCUCAGUUAACACAUGUCAAGUGACCUUCUCUACCUGAUGAACAUGCACGAGCACCCAGUCCUCUUGGAUAUCAAAUGUGGGUUGUUUCACAGCCAUGCAUGAAAACCUAAUUUGUCGUAAUGAUAGUGCUAAUAGAAAUGAUAAUUGUGAUGAUAUUGAUUAUAGUUCAAGAUUCCCAUUAAGACCCAUUUAAUUACACCAGAGCAUGUUUUGUCUCAGAAUUCAAAUGGAAUAAACAGUACAUGUAGUUUAGUUAUGAAUUAAGCAAUGAAACAUUUUGAUUGUCGCAGGGAAAGCAAAGCCAUAAACUGUAGGCAACUGAGACAUUAAGAUAAUUUUCAUUUUUAUCCAAUAGAACUCGCCUGUUGAAUAAUAUAAACUAAACUACAGACUGGAGAGCGUUAUGUAUCUUUUGUAUGAAUUUUAUUAUUUUCCUUACAGCAUAUUGUCAGCGAGGUGGAACUUGGAACCAGGAAGAUUGAACGCUACAAGAGUUCGUACGUUGAUUUCUUCAAAUAUGCGAUGAAAAAUGUGAGUAUUGAGCAAAAAGAGGUCAUUCAUCUAUCAAUAAGUUUCUGCGCUCAUUGAAAUUAAUUACUACCAUGCAACAAUGUGCACAGUAAAAUUCGGGGCAAGUCAAAGUGAAAUAGAUUUUGUUGCUUGGCGUUCGACUGUACUCGUUUGAUUGCCCUUAACCCUUUAACUCCCAGAAGUGAUCAACAAGUAACUUCUCCCUAUAUUAUGAGAACAUUCAAACUUAUCAGGUUGAAGUUGUUAUCUCGAUCUGACACCAAAUUCUCCGAAGCUGAAUAAUAAAGCCACAUAUAUGGAUACAUAAUGAAGUAUGGGGCUGUGCGGAAAUUUUUCCCCAAUUUUUCCAUUGGCAUUGAACUUGCAAGUUGCACGUUUCGCAAAUUUGUCGGAAGACCGGGUUUUGACUUUUAAAACAUCUUUUAGUGACACUCGAGUUCAUCUGGUUUUUAUUUUCUCCAUUUUCCCCAUAAAUUUUGGGCUUUUCAUUCACAGUUAUCGGUUAACUGGAUCAAAUGUUUUCGCUCAAACCAAAGUAUAAAAUGUGGCGUGUUUUUGACCAGCCAAUAGGGACGUUUGUUUACUUUUCUCUGUGCGUUGUGAGAAUUUUGUACUCUAUCACAAUAAAAGGUUUCUUCGUGCAGAUCCUUGUUGUCGCUCUGUUAUAAAAGAAUUUGCUCAUGCUUUUAGCUGUGCGUAUAUCGAGUUAUGGAUGUUAUGGAUGGGAGGUUUGGAGAGCACUCAAGAAGCUAGAGUUGCUCUCGGCUGCGCCUCUAGCUACUCUUACGCAUUUUUCAUGCUCUCCAAACUUCCCGCGUGCAUCCAUUACUCGAUAUACGCACGCUAAGCAUAAACAAAUUCUUAAAUCUUGGGAGUUAAAGGGUAAAGGCAAAGUCACAUUUCCUUUGGUUCCAACUCCUAGACGAGUGUUAACUUACCGUUAUGCUCCAAAGAGCCAUUCUGAUAACAAUAAUAAAUUAGCCAGCAACCUGGUUUUGGCCCAUAAAAGCUCCAUGGAACAUUUAAAGUUGAGCUAUGUACCGAUAACAUAUCUGAAUUUUGAAAACAUAAGUUUUGUUCUUUAUGGACUUCUUUUAUUCCAUGAUGCCUUUUAACGAUAACUGAUUCAUAUUUGCUCAAAAAUACACAGUGUGAAAAAUUACCAAUAAAUCGUUACAGACUACAACGAAAUCGAAAGUAAAACAUGAAAACUGGCUCCCCGCGUGUUACAAGUGUUAUCGAAGCACUUUUCCACAUCGAGUUUGUAUGUUUUUCGCUCUGACUUUUUUGUUUCUUUCCCUUAGUUGAAAGCCGCGAUGUCUUUGUCUGGCGGGUACAAAGGGUUUAGUAGCUCUGUCUCCAUUGACUUUGAAAGGUUCACAGCAUCCAUGACAAGUGGCAUUUCAUUUGGAAGUGAAAAAGUUGUGUUUCGGUGUGGUACACGAAACAAGCCUGAGCCCAUUGGAUUGAAGUUGAUUUCCAUUGACCGGGCAUUUGACGACAGCUUCUUCAAGGCACUCAGUAAGAAAUACCAAUGUCAGAAUUUGGCACGACGGAGGACGAACGUGAAAAAGAUUUUGAAAGAAUACCCACGCUUAGAAGGAGCUACAACGUAUCCUCAAGGUAUCAUCACGUAUAUAUAGAUGCUAGAAACGUUCGUGUUACUUUUGUAACGUUAACAAUCAGGUAAUAGCUAUUCUGAUGUAUUUUUAACUGAUAUUCGUAAAGAUCCUCAUUAACCCUCUUCGUCAUCUUCUGAUGAUUGGGAUCUAAUUUUUCCUGGCCGAUGCCUAUGCCUAUGCUUAUGAAAUAAAUCUGAUCUUGAGCUUUCAAAAUUCCAAAAGAAUCUUGGUGUAGCCAAAAGAAACUUGGUGUAGUUUUCGAGAUAGAUAGGUCUGAAAUCUGAAAAGUGCUGACGUAGUAUUUUGAAAGAUUUUCGAACACAUGACUAAUAUUGACUGAACAAUCCACUGCUCGAUAAUUUUGACUAAAGACAUAAACUUGAGCUGGAAGGUAUUUUGUAGCCAACAAGAAAUUAAUCAUGUUCUGAACAGGCUUAAACGUUUUUAUUUUGAAAACAUUGACGUUUUUUUGCUCUACUGUUUUGAACAAUUUAAGAAUCAUUGAACUUACUUCCUAGAUUUUUCUUAACAUUUUUCUUUUGUUGACUGAAAAGUCAUGUUCAAAAGACUUUUUCUCUCUUUUUUCCAAAUAUAUCUUUAAGAAAGCACACAUUUUUCAGCUUCGGUGAAGAAACAUUAUCUUGGGUAGCAACGUCAUUAAUUCUUAAGUGCGUAUUCCCUCGGCUAAAAUAACGUGCAACUCUGUAACUAUGUUAAAGAGUUGUCGUCUUAUAAGGUUUCUUGGAAUUUUGUUAGAUCCUAAAGUCCGCAUUCCUCUAACUUGGCCACUGGGCAAAUAUGGACUUCCUAUGGCAAAAUCAGGAUGUCCAAACGGAGGUUUUUGGCACACGGGUUGGCGAUACCACGACACUGAAGAUAAAGACCCAAGCAAUUAUUGGUCAAACCCCUACGAUUUGGCGGGACAUGUUGGCAAAAGUAACAUGGAGCAAAAGUUCUGUAUGAAGAUAAAGCCUCGAACAUCCAGAUAUAAUAUGCCAUGGCCUGAAGGAAAAUACUGCAUCUUCAAAAAAGAAAAUUGCCCCGCAGGUUAGUUCAGAAAGUCCUUUUUUUAAUGAAAAUAUUAAAAAAUUUUGGACUUUUCUUAUUUUUUUAUGGUGAACAUGGCGAAGUUUCUUUGCUCACGAGCCGUAUAAAUUAUGUGACAUGCUUAUCUUUUAUAAUUCGGUCAACAAAAAUUUCGAUAUCCGUUAUCCGUGAUUCGUCACUUUUUCCGCCGUGAUCCGUGCCUCAGAUCCUCCGGUACGAGUCUUUCCAAAAACACAACCAUCUCCGGCCGUUACAUGUAUUUCCAUUCCUUAAGUUUUAGAUCUUAAACCAAUCGAUCAUAUGACCUACCCCUAAGAAAGAAAAAAACAUUGACCUCAACCAGUAUUUUUCGCUCUUUGAAGUAUUUUUCCUGCACCUUAUUCGACGGUUUAACAAAUAAUACGCGCGGAUAUUUACGGAUUAUUUCCGUUUAUUUUAUAGAUUGAACCAUCGAGUAAGGGUUUUAUUCCGCUUUUAUUUCACUUUCUAGGCCUCCAGUUUUACGAAUGCUUCUUACGGCUUUACCUUAGCAACGUAUUGAUCGCGUAAGACGGAAACAAUGAAAAUGAUACCAUUUUUAUAAGUGUUUCUAUUACCAACAAAAAUAUCUGUUACGCUUAAAAGGUCAUUCGUCGCUUAAAAUUUCAGUCGUUGCGGAAAAGGACAUGCCGAAAAACCUGUAGAAGUCAGAGGUUGAAGCGUUCAGUGCGGCCAUUUUUUUGCUCCGCUUUCCGCCCGUGUUUUUCCCCUUUUCUGCAACGUAAUAUCGUCGCAUACUUUUCGCACUCCGUUGCCUUGUUGUGUUCAACUGAAGUAAUUGUGAAAUGAUAAAUUAUAGUUGUCGUACCUCGCAUCUUCCCUCAAAUAAAUAAUUCAAUUCAAGCGUAAUGCUGCGCUAACUAUUUGUUGCACAGAUUUCGAGGAGGCAUACGUUCGUUGGGAUGAUGAAGAUGACAAUAACAAUAACAAAAGAGGUGGCACGCUUCCGAACGGUUAUUAUAACGGUAACACUCGCAUCGAAUAUUGCUGCCGUACGGAUGGAGAUGCCACAGAAGCCAUUCGCCUCCCAACUGGCUCACCGUUUGUGCUGAUAAAGGCUAACACCCACCUCUGUCAGGAAGUGGAUGGAAUGACACAUAGAUCAGAGUACUUUGCCUGGGACACCGAGGAUAAAGAUCCGCAAGCCAACAUUCACGGACCGAUCAAUGCUGAGUUGGGUGCAAACCGUAAUAUAAAAGUUCACUACUGUUAUUACACUUAACCCAGUACAAGGGCCCCACGCGCAACCGCAGACCUAUCUGAUGCCUCAAGAAGAUUUCGCCUUGCUUUUAGACAUUAGAAGCGAACAAGAAAAAUAAAGGGCAAGUAAAUUGUAAACUAGCGUCAGUGUACGUUUUUGAGAUCAGAAAUUAAAGUUAACAUGGUGGUGGGUCUUACUGAUUUGAUGCCUCAAUAUUCUUGGUAAUGCUGCAACUUUUGGAGCACGCACAGCUUAAAUCGGACGCAGUUGUAUUCAAGUUCGCCUUUCUCAAUGGCCAAGAACCCUACGACCAAU